CAAGACGGCAAUGAAAUAUGGACACGCCCACGGAGUCGGCAAACAGAAAUGUGUGUUUACUAACUUUAGGUGACGUUACGGAUGGACAGCUUGAGAAUAUAAGUAAAGAACACUGUUAUAGCAGAGGUCUAAAACAUAAAUACUUGGAACUACAUGAUGAUGUAGAUGGUCAACAAGAACAUAACCAGUCUUUGUCACCAGAUGAUUGCUUUGAUGACAACUAUGAUGCAUGUCAAUCAGAGAUUGAAAGUGAAAAAGAUGAGGAUGAGGAAGAAGAGGAGGGGGCUCUUGGAGGUCGCAGGAUUGUAGAGUUGAGUGUUUUGGCUGCAAAAUUAGAUGAAGGCUGCAGUAAUUGCUCUGCAGAGCUAAAACUUUCAUCCUGUGUUGGAGAAACCAGAUAUGGCCUAGGCAGUCUCCUCAAAAUCCAUUGCAAUAAUUGCAAUGAAAUUAAUAAUGUACCUACUGGCAAGAGACAUUGUCAAAAUACAUGGGAUAUUAAUACAACAUUGGGUGCAGGUAUUAUAUUAACUCUAUUGAUUGAUAGAUAA